GGCAUUUCAGUUCCAGGUGAAGGCAGAUCUGAGCUGGGGAAGGGAGGCAAGCACCAACCAAAACUAAAGAACUGGUUUUGGGUUUUAUAUCUAAGUCUAGGAAAGUGUGUGUGUCUCUUUUCUGUCUCCCAGUUCAUUGGAGAUAGUUGGGGGUCUGUAAGAGCCUCCAUUAAAUAGCUGGGGAAUAGAUAAAAUACACCAAGCUGGAGGCCUGAUUUAAGCAGCUUGCUUUACACUGAUCACUUGGGUUUCUGUGGUAUCUAUUCCUACUUCAUUCCUGUUGCUCCUCACCCUUCAUCCCUCGCUGCCCUCAUGGACUUGUUAGGUCACAUGGAGAUACCAGACGGCUCUCUCUGCUCCUUCUCCGCUGCUGAUGACUUUUACGAUGACCCCUGCUUCAACACCUCGGACAUGCACUUCUUCGAGGACUUGGACCCACGGCUGGUGCAUGUGGGUGGCUUGCUGAAGCCCGAAGAGCACCCCCACCAUCAUACACACCACCAUGAGGACGAGCAUAUCCGGGCACCCAGUGGGCACCACCAGGCUGGCCGCUGCCUGCUCUGGGCUUGCAAAGCCUGCAAGAGGAAGACAACCAACGCUGACCGCCGGAAGGCAGCCACCAUGAGGGAGAGGAGGCGGCUCAGCAAGGUCAACGAGGCCUUUGAGACCCUGAAACGCUGUACCUCUACCAACCCCAACCAGCGCCUGCCCAAGGUGGAGAUCCUGCGCAAUGCCAUUCGCUACAUUGAGAGCCUGCAGGCACUGCUGCGGGAACAGGAAGACAGCUACUACCCAGUGCUGGAGCACUACAGUGGGGAGUCAGAUGCCUCCAGCCCCCGCUCCAACUGCUCUGAUGGCAUGAUGGACUACAGUGGGCCCCCUUGCAGCUCUCGCAGGAGGAACAGCUAUGAUAGCAGCUACUACACAGAAUCACCAAACGAUCCAAAACAUGGUAAGAGUUCAGUUGUCUCCAGCCUGGACUGUCUCUCAAGCAUUGUGGAGAGGAUUUCCACAGACAACUCCACCUGUGCUGUGCUGCCGCCAGUGGAAGGUGUGGCUGAAAGUGGCCCCUGCUCACCCCAGGAAGGAGCCAGCCUGAGUGAGAGCAGAACCCAAAUCCCCUCACCCACCAACUGCACCCAGCUUCCCCAGGAGAACAGCAGCAACAGCAAUCCUAUCUACCAAGUGCUAUAAAGGCAGGUUGAACCGAAUCGUAGCGAAAACACAAACUGCUUCAUUCUGCAGGCUCAAAGACCUGCCUUGAAGAGACUGAGUACUUUUUCUUCCAAUUCUAAAAUCUCUCUCAAAAUUCCUUCAAAUAUAUAAUUUUUCAAACCUGUAUUACUUCAAAGUACACUUAAUUAUUUAUUGGUUGUUACACUAAAGCUAUUUAAUAUGUCUAGAGAUAAAAUCAUGUACCAUGUGAUAGUCAAUGUUUAAACUGGGCUCUGGGGAAUAGGGACAUUGCUCUUGAGAUUCUGUUAUAAUUUUGCAAAAAGAACUACAUGAAUAUCAGGUGUAAUGAUGUGACACUGCCUAAGUGCUUCCUUCCCCUACAUUCUGCCCAAAAUAAGGUUGUGGACCAUUUUUUAUAAUGCUUUCUUUUGUAAAAUUGUAAAUAAGAGUUGCUUUGCAGAAAAAAUUCAUAAAAAACACAAAAACAGAACAAAAAAAGAGUUUAACUAUUUAAUGUUGCUUGGUUUGUCGUGCCAAACUUAACUUUAUAUAUUUAUACGAUGUGGUUGCCAAGAAUGUUUUCAACAGUAUUCUAA